CAGCGGAGCGGACAGGGGCGACACGCCACCCCUGUGGUCCCCUCCGGACAAGGGGGACAACGCCUCUAACUGCGACUGCCACGCGUGGAACUAUGGCAUCCACACAGGCCUCGUCCAAAACGUGGUCACCAAGACUUAAUCCCCCAAGGAGCUGCUUAAAUGGAUGACAAAAUUAAUGAAUCAUAAUAACCUGUGCCAGUUACCACGCGAAGCACGUUCUUCACAUUACUUUGGACUCAUAGAAAACCUAUAUGAUAGGUUUUGUGACUCCUCUAUCACAGCUAUUGCAACUGAGGUCCCAGGCGGUGAAAUACUUACCUGGUCAUAGGACUGCCAAGGGAAAAUGCCCAAGCUCCGACACUCAGUCCAUCUGGGUCGGAAUCUGCACUCUCACCACCAUGCCCAGCUGCCCCCACAGUUGCAUCUGGGUCCUGGGCUCCACUCCCUGGUCAGUCCCAAGAUUCCAGGCCCUCUCCAGGCUCUUGUUUAUCGAUGACACCCUUCCUCAGAGGUGGUGGUGAAGUACAGUCCAGCACAAGUGCAAUGAAGACAAAGACCAAAUGGUGGGAUCUUGUGUGUGAUAAUGCCUGGAAGGUCCAUAUCGCUAAGUUCUCCUUACUGGUUGGAUUAAUCUUUGGCUACCUAAUAACUGGAUGCAUUGCUGACUGGGUCGGCCGGCGGCCUGUGCUGCUCUGUUCCAUCAUCUUCAUUCUGAUCUUUGGCCUGACCGUGGCCCUGUCCGUGAAUGUGACGAUGUUCAGCACACUCAGGUUCUUCGAAGGAUUCUGCCUGGCUGGAAUAAUCCUCACCUUGUAUGCAUUACGAAUAGAGCUGUGUCCCCCUGGAAAACGGUUCAUGAUCACCAUGGUGGCGAGCUUCGUGGCCAUAGCGGGGCAGCUCCUCAUGCCCGGGCUGGCGGCGCUGUGCCGGGACUGGCAGGUGCUGCAGGCGCUCAUCAUCUGCCCCUUCCUGCUCAUGCUGCUGUACUGGUCGGUAUUCCCCGAGUCCCUCCGGUGGCUGAUGGCUACCCAGCAGUUUGAGUCUGCGAAGAAGCUGAUCCUGCACUUCACCCAGAAGAACUCCAUGAACACCGAGACUGACAUCAAAGGCGUGAUGCCCGAGCUGGAGAAGGAGCUGUCCCGGAGGCCCAAGAAGGUCUGCAUCGUGAAGAUGGUGGGAACCCGGAACCUGUGGAAGAACAUCGUGGUCCUGUGUGUGAACUCGCUGACAGGGUUCGGGAUCCACCACUGCUUCGCAAGGAGCAUGAUGGGCCACGAGGUGAAGGUGCCACUGCUGGAGAACUUCUACGCCGACUACUACACCAUGGCCAGCAUCACCCUGGCCUCCUGCCUGGCUAUGUGUGUGGUGGUCAGGUUCCUGGGGCGCCGGGGAGGGCUGCUGCUCUUCAUGAUCCUCACUGCCCUGGCCUCCCUCCUGCAGCUUGGGCUCCUCAACCUGAUUGGGAAGUACACCCAGCACCCAGACUCAGGUAUGAGCGACAGUGUCAAGGACAAAUUCUCCAUCGCGUUUUCCAUCGUGGGCAUGUUUGCCUCCCACGCAGUGGGAAGCCUCAGUGUGUUCUUCUGUGCAGAGAUCACCCCCACGGUGAUAAGGUGCGGCGGGCUGGGGCUGGUGCUGGCCAGCGCAGGCUUCGGCAUGCUGACGGCGCCCAUCAUCGAGCUGCACAACCAGAAAGGCUACUUCCUGCACCACAUCAUCUUCGCCUGCUGCACGCUCAUCUGCAUCAUCUGCAUCCUCCUGCUGCCCGAGAGCCGGAACCAGAGCCUGCCCGAGAGCCUCUCCAACGGGGAGCACUACACGCGCCAGCCGCUCCUGCCGCACAAGAAGGCCGAGCAGCCGCUGCUGCUCACCAACGCGGAGCUCAAGGACUACUCGGGCCUCCACGAUGCCGCGGCCGCGGGGGACGCGCUGCCCGACAGCGCCGCCGCCAACGCAGCCAACGGCCUGCGGUCCUGCGGCUCUGCGCGCGGCCUGCCCUGAGAGACCUGGGCCCGUGGGGGUGGCUGCGCGCAGGGUCACCGAGGGACCAGACACGUGGCUGCGAGCACACGCGGCUCUGCCGGGCUCACCGGGCACCGACGCCGCGGGAGCACAGGACCUUCGCUGGUGUGGGGGGAUUCUUUCCAAAACGCUAAGGAUGGUGUGAGGAAGCAGACUCUUUGGAAAUAAGACUUUCUUUUCUGCCAUUAAAUGUUUGUAUUUAUUUUGGUCAUUUUUA